AAAAUCUUUUGUAGAGAAAUCUCGUACAACAAAUACAUUAAUAAUGGUCUGUACUUACCUUUUCUUUCUCCUUGUGAUUGGUACGAAACUUGCUUCUCUUCUUCCUAAUCUUUGCGUGUGGUCUAUCUUCUUCUAAUCUCUUUCCUCUCAAUUCUACAUCUAUUAGCAUAUGAUAAUUGUCAAAAUAUUGUUAAACUACACCACAUGAUCAUGCCCUUUUUGAGAACUAACUGUUCUAUCGAAGCUUGUUUUGUGGUUUGAAUCAAAACCUUUUAAUCCUAAAUUCUUCAACUCAUGGGGAUCUGUCAUGGCAAAACCAAGCGCAACGAGGCCUCUAUUCCUGAAGACAAGAAGCUCGAGAGGGGUCUGAACAAGAGCUUUGGUUUUUCGAGACAUUUCGCUACACAGUACGAGAUAGAUCAUGGCGUGGUGGGUCGUGGACACUUGGGGUACACAUGCUCUGCAAAGGGUAAAAAAGACAGCUUGAUGAUGGGUCAAGAAGUUGCUGUUAAAGUCAUUCAUAAAACCAAGUUGAUGAAUGCACUUAUGGUCGAAGAUGUUAGUAGAGAAGUGAAGAUUAUGCGGGCUUUGAAUGGUCACAAGAACUUAGUCCAGUUUUAUGACGCUUUUGAAGAUGAUCAAAACGUUUAUAUUGUCAUGGAGUUAUGUAAAGGUGGUAGUCUCUUGGACAAAAUAUUUGAAAGGGGUUGCAAAUACGCAGAAGAUGAUGCUAAACAAGUAAUGGUUCAGAUUCUUAGUAUAGUAGCUUAUUGUCAUCUACAAGGUGUGGUUCACCGUGACCUCAAACCAGAGCACUUCCUGUUCAGUACUAAGGACGAGACUUCUCCUCUAAAAGCAGUUGGUUUUGGUUUCGCUGCUUAUGUCAAGCCAGACGAGAGGUUGAAUGAUAUUGUAGGAAGUUCGUUCCACGUAGCUCCUGAAGUUUUGCACCGUUCAUACGGGACAGAAUCUGACAUGUGGAUGGUUGGAGUGCUUGCUUACGUUCUUCUUUCUGGCAGUAGACCCUUUUGGGGCCUUACUGAAUACGACAUCUUUCGAGCUGUUCUUAAGACAGAACCCAGUUUUGAUGAAGCUCCUUGGCCUUCACUAUCACCUGAUGCUGUAGACUUUGUGAAAAGAUUGCUGAAUAAAGACUACCGUAAGAGAUUAACUGCAGCACAGGGUUUGUGUCAUCCAUGGCUGGUUGGCUCGCAUGAAGUGAAGAUGCCAUGUGAUAUGAUCAUACAUGCAAGCUAG